AUGCCAAUUCAACGUACAGAAAGGAGACACACUAAAUCCUAUCGUACUAAUAAUCCCUAUCCUUCAGAUGUUAUCUCUGAUUCUAUAAUAUUAUUAGAUGAAGAUGAUAAUAGUACUACUAGACAAUAUGAAGAAGAAGAAGAAUAUUCUGUAUUUUCUAGUUUUUCAAACUUUUUUAAAAAAUUAAUUCCUACUAGUUGGUUUUCUAAAAAGAGUGUUGAAUAUUAUAAUCGUGAACAAUUUGAGGAAAUUAAACAUUUAUAUCCUGAUUUAACAAAUGAUGAUAUUAACAAAAUUAUUACUUCUCCUAGAUUAUUAAAUAUUUUACAAAAUAAUAAUAAUAAUAAUAAUACUAGUAGACAUCAAGAAGAUAAUAAUCAUUUACAACAACAACAAUAUGAAAAUAAUAAUACAAUUGAACAACAACAACAAUUAAAUGAUGAACAUAAUGUUAUUAAACCAAUUCCAACUAGAAGACAAUCAUUUAAUCAUUCACAAUUAUUACAACAACAACAACCAACAACAAGUGAUUCUAUUAAUUUUCCACCAUCUCCUAUUCAAUCUAAUCAAUCUAUUCAACAUUCACAACAACAACAUACAAUAUUAUCACCAACAUUUAAUCAAUAUACAUCAUCAUCUAAUAAUAAUAAUAAUAAUAAUCAAUCAUCUUCAAUUAAAAAAGUAUUAUUUCCAUCUAAUUUUAAAAGAAAACAAUCUACUACUACUACUACUACUAUUGAAGAUAAAGAUGAACAAGAACAACAACAACCAUUUAAACGUAUUAAACAUUUUGAAAAAUCACCAAGUAAUGUUAAAACUAUUAGUGAAACAGCUAAAAGAAUAUUAGAAACACUUGAUCAAUUAUCAUCACCUUUAAUUGAUGUUGAAAAAGUACCACCUAAACCAUUAGCAUUACGUUUAUCAACUGUUCAAAGAAGUCAAUCUAGAAUUAAACAAUCAAUUAAUGAUAUGAAUGAUGAAAAUGAUGAAGAAAUUCCAACAAAAUCAAUGGAUUUAUCAAAUGCUAAAACUACUGCUAAAAAGGAUGCCAUUAAAUCAUCUAAAUCUACUUUAAAUGGUAAAAAGAAGAGUACAUCAUUUGAUAUUAGUCAAUCAGAUGAAACACCAAUUAAAAGAAAGACACAAUCUAUUAGAAAAGAUUCAACUCCAUAUGCUAGAAAAGUACAAGAACAACAACAAGAAGAUGAUGAAGAAGAAGAAGAAGAAGAAACAUUUGAACAAGUUAAUAGAGAAAAAUCUAAAUUAUUAUCAAAUGUUCCUACUCCUGCUUUUAAUAUUUCAAGUAUUAAAUUUGAUUCUCCAUCUCUUACAUCACCUUUUACAUUUAAUAAUACUAAUACUACUACUACUACUACUACAAAGGAAACUACUACAAUUCCAACCACUACUAUUACUAUUACUAAUACUGAUAAGGAAGUAACACAAAAAGAUGAAGAUUCUGAUGAAGAAAUUGAUAUUUUAUCAUCUUCUGAAGAUGAAAAGGAAACUACUACUACUACUACUGCUAGUUCAGGUGGAUUUAAAUUUAGUGGUGUUUUAAGUAAUAAUACAAAUGAAAAGAAGGAUGAUGAAUCAAAGACUACUACAUCAUCAUCAUCAUCAAUGGGUGGAUUUAAUUUUGGUGGUGUAUUAGCUGAAAAGAAAUCAGAUGAUAAGAAACAAGAUGAUAAAAAGGAAGAAACUCAAUCAUUUGGUUUUAAAUUUGGUGGUGUAUUAGCUAAUAGUAAUAUUCCUACUAUUACUACUACUAUUACUGAAAAGAAAUCAGAAGAAUCAGAUGAUGAUGAUAUUAUUUCAUCUUCAGAAGAAGAAGAAGAAGAACCAAAGAAAAAGGAAAUUACUAGUGUUGGUGGAUUUAAAUUUAGUGGAGCAACUGAUAAGAAAUCAGAUGAUAAAAAGGAAGAAUCAAAUACUACUACUACAUCAUCAUCAUCAUUGGGUGGAUUUAAUUUUGCAUCAUUAUCAAAUAAUACUACUAGUUUAGAUUUAACAAGUGGUAUUAAAUUUACAAUUCCAACAACAAUAGAUGAUAAGAAAUCAGAUGAUAAAAAGGAAGAAACUUCUGCUAGUAGUAGUAGUACUACAUUAGGUGGAUUUAAAUUUGGUGGUGCAAUUACUACAAGUGAAGAAAAGAAGGAUACAACAACAUCAUCUUUUGGUGGAUUUAAUUUUACUGGUAAUACUUUAUCUACUACUCCUACUACCACUACUACUAAUAAGGAUGAUACUAAACCAUCAACAACAACUACUAGUAAUGGAUUUAAUUUUGCAUCAUCAUCAACUACUCCAUCUUCAAAUGAUAAAGAUGAUGAAGAUACCUCAACUACUACUACUACUAGUGUAAAUGGUGGAUUCAAAUUUGGUGGAUCUUUAACAAGUAGUAUACCAUCAAGUGGUGGUUAUUCAUUUGGAGGUGCUAUUGUUAAACCAACUGAAGAUAAAAAGGAAGAAUCUACUACUAGUUCUGGUUUUAAUUUCUCAUCAUCUUCUAUUGGUGGUGGAUUUAAAUUAACUACUAAUACUACUGCUAAUACUGAUACUACUACAAGUGAAGAUAAACCAACAAGUAAUGUUGGUAGUGGAUUUAAAUUUGGAGGUGCUUCUACUGAUUUUACUAGUUCAUUUGCACUUGAUAAAAAAGAAGAAAAGAAAGAAGAAAGUAAACCAAGUGUUGGUGGUUAUUCAUUUGGAGGUGCUACUUUUAAAAUUCCAACAUCUACACCACUAUCAAGUGUUGUUAAUGAUACUACUACUGAUACUGCUGCACCUGCACCAUCAUCAUCAUUUGGUGGAUUUAAUUUUACAUCAAACACUAAUACAACUGAAAAGAAAGAUGAAUCAAAUACUACUACUACUACUACUACAACAACACCAUCAUUUACAUCAUUUGGAGGUGCAACAUCAUCAUCAUUCUCAUUUGGAGGUGUUACAACUACACCAAGUGAAGAAAAGAAAGAUACAACAUUAUCAGAUAGUACAGGUAGUGGUAGUGGAUUUAAAUUCGGUGGAUCAUCUACUAUUGGUAGUUCAUUAACAGGUGGAUUUUCAUUUGGAGGAGGUAAUACUGCUACAACUACUGCUACACCAUCAUCAUUUACACUUGGAGGUACUACUAAUCCAAUAAUUAAUACUACAACAACAACUAAUGAUUCAAUAAUAGAUAAAUCACCAUUUGGUAAUACUAAACCUGAUGAAAGUAAUUUAACACCAACUACUUUAACAGGUGGUUUUACAUUUGGUGGUGCUCCUGCUACUACUACCACUGCAAGUACUCCAUUAAAUACUAAUAGUAAUGGUGGUGGUUUUGCAUUUAAUAGUAGUUCAUCACCACCUGCUGCAGCUAGUCAACCAACAUCUAAUACUUUUAAUUUUUCAACUCCAUUAAAUACUAAUUCUAAUAGUAGUAGUGGUGGUAUGGGAGGUGGUUUUUCAUUUGGAGGUGGUGCUACAACUACACCAAGUGGUGGUGGUGGUUUUACAUUUGGAGGUGGUGCUCCUGCUACUACUGCUAUCAAUAGUUUAGGUAAUAAUAAUAGUAUGGGAGGUGGUGGUUUUUCAUUUGGUGGAGGUAAUGAUAAUAAUACAUUUUCAUCUCAACAACAACAACAACCAUUAGGUACAAGUUCAUUUUCAAAUUCAAUUCCAAGUAGUUUUGGAGGAUUAUCAACACCUGUAACACCAUCAAUUUCAUCACCAUUUUCACAAGCCUCUUCAUUUGGAUUAAAUCAAUCUAGUGGUAUGAAUAUGGGUGGUGGUAGUGGAAUGUCAAAUCCAUUCUCUGCUCAACCAUCAUCUGCUAUGAAUGCACCUGGUUCAAAUAAUAAUAGAAAACCAAUUAGAGUUAAAAGAAGAUAA